GUGCGAGGCGCUGGCUGCUGCGGCGACGGCAGCCUUGGUUGCGCGAAUAAGCGGCGCCCUCGCGCGCCACGCAGCCGAAUUCGAUUCCAUGGAGACGCGAUACGUCGCGUUACACCGGCGCUGAAGCGAUUCCUCGCUUUGGAGUUUACCGCACGGCUUACCGCCAUGGUCGUCUCUCGGCUGGAGCAGGCGCCUGUUCAGGACGCCUCUGGGCCCAGAUAAGCCGGCAUACAGCGCUUGUGACCGCCUGCUGACAACACCCGGUCUUCUCAAGAAAAGUAACAGUCGAAAGCGGAACUGAGCAGGCUUCAGGAUGGCUUGGCGUUGUCUAGUCGCUUCGAUCGUCGCCCUAGUGGCAUCGUCUUGCCAAGCCAACACGAACGUCCUGCGCGCCAGCUGCUUGUGGAACGAGUCCCCGGAAAAAGAGAGUUCGGUGCAGGUCGACUGUUCGCGAAAGGGACUCACCAUCGUUCCCGCAGGCAGCGUCUGGCCACGAAACAUCUACAAGAUGGACCUGAGCCACAACUUCAUCGACCACAUCACGCACCUGGAACCGUCCAACGUUUCGGUGCUGGACCUGCACGACAACCGGAUCGCGAUCGUAGAGCCGCGGGUGUUCUCCGCCUUCCCGCGGCUUCAGUUCCUAGACUUCAGCAAGAACUCGCUCGAAGUUCUUCACGGGGACGUCUUCGUAAACAUGACGAGUUUGCGGGCCUUGAAUCUCAGCGGGAACAAACUAACGUACCCGCCUACAGAAUUGUUCAGACCGCUGGUGUCCCUAGAACAGCUGAACCUGAACAUGAACCCACUGCGGUAUUUGCGGGAUGGGCUGUUCAGGUUGCCCAACCUUGAGCGUCUGGAACUGUCGAGCAUCAAUGCUCACUCGCUGCCGGACGGCAUAUUCCACGAAACGCCGCGCCUCGUUCAUUUGGACCUGUCCGGCAACCUGUUCGAUAAGGUGCCCUCCAGUGCGUUGCGCAGCGCUGACAGUCUGAAAGUUCUAGUCAUGUCGGACAAUCCAGUGGGCACGCUUGGUUACAACUCCUUCUUCAAGCUGCACAACAUCGAAGAACUGUACGUUGAGAAAAUGAAAGAUUUGGAGGCUGUCGAAGGCGACACCUUCGCAUACCAAAAGAAAAUGAGGUCUCUUUUCUUGGGCAAUAAUCCCAAGCUUAAAAGCAUAGACCUCGACAUUUUCGGCGUGUUCUGGCGCGUCGAACCGGCGGCCAAUUGGACCUUGCGAGAAUUUUAUCUGCAGAACAACAACAUCGAGUAUCUGGACGAAGACGUCGCACCGUGGAGAGAGUUUGAAAUCUUAGACCUCCAGGGAAAUCCCUGGGUAUGUGACUGCAACAAUGCCUGGAUUCGAAGGUUGCCACUGCAGAAAGAAUUGACAGUCCAACUCAGGUGCGGAGGCCCACCUGCGUACGAGCACAAGCCUAUGCUGGAGGUGCCCGACGAAGUUUUUGCUUGUCCGAGCUUGCGAGUCGAGCGCGAACAGAGCAGCACGUUUCGCACGGGCGUGUUGGUUGUCGGGGCGCUCAGUAUCAGCGCUAUCUUGCUGUCGGCCAUACUGCUGAUUAAACGGAAAAACCUCUACCAGAGGUUCAUGUCACGCAAGAACAGGAAUGGCAGCGUGUACUACGUCAAGGCACAUACAAAUCCGGUGGAUGGAUUCGACCCAAGUGCCUAACGGUGGACACAUCUCUUGUUCGUACAAACUAUGCAGUGAGCUAACAGCGCCGUUGCUCGCUGCAAACCACGUCGACUCUGGAACAGCGUCCCGCGAUUACAGCAAGACGGUUUAACGACCUGGCAUCGUCGGUGUGCAACGGAACUCUGAGCUACCGUGGUAUUUACUGCCACUUUUGAGAGUUGGCACUACCUUGCAUGGUCUCGUGGGCAACGCUUUCUGGUGAACGGCAUGUUUGUGAGAAGAUUUUGAGUGUCGAGAAGUUCUAUGCGCACACAACUCGGCAUAAACUGCUUUUUGACAUGUGCGUGACGUCUGAAAGACUAACGUAAACGCUUUGUCUCGUCAUGG